AUGACAAUUUGCCCACGGGUAGAUUUUCUCUUGACCGAGCUGCUCGACCGUGAGCUGAAGUGGAAGUUGUGGGAGGCUCAGGUGGGAUACACAUCACCUGCUGAAUUUGGAAUUUUGGAUGAGUCAGGACUUUCCUUGGCAGCAAGUGCCUGGUCACUUGACCUUGGAAGAUUGUUAAUGGGAGUCGGAAUUGGAAUUCUUGCUUAUGUGCUACCGGUUUAUAUUGCAGAAAUUACACCCAAGAAUUUCGGGGGAGCAUUUGUCUCACUUAUUAUGGUACAUGUCACCAAUGCAGAGUAUGAACUUUGCUUUGGCAUAUCAGUUACCUAUGUCAUUGGUUCUGUUUGUGACUGGCGCAUCUUGGCUCUACUUGGUACUAUUCCAUGUCUAAUUCAACUUCUUGGUCUCCUUGGUGCAUUUUUCAUUCCAGAGUCUCCCAGAUGGCUUGCAAAAGUUGGCGGAGAAAAAGAGCUGAAAGUUGCUCUCCAGAGCCUUAGGGGAAAGAAUGCUGAUAUUUCUCAAGAGGCUGCUGAAAUCAUUGAUUAUACACAGAACUUUAAUCAGACAUCAGAAGAUGGCAUUAAAGAGUUGUUUCAAAGGAAAUAUGCUCUUGCAAUUAUUGUUGGAGUUGGGCUGAUGGCAGUUCUACAAUUUGGAGGGCUCAAUGGCUAUUCUUACUAUUUAAGCUCUAUUUUAGAAUCAGCUGGUUUCCCUAGUAGUGUGGGGUCUGUAGCAGCAAGUAUUGUUCAGAUAGUGAUGAAUAUUUGCAGCUUGUUCUUAAUUGAUAAAUUUGGAAGAAGACCACUUCUACUGGUUUCUACAAGUGGAUGCUGCUUAGGUUCACUUGUAACAGGCUUGUCCUUUCUAUUGCAGGGCUAUCACCUAGGGAAAGAAAUCACUCCCAUUCUGGCACUUGCAGGAAUAUUGGUAUUUAUAGGUUCUGUGUCAAUAGGCCUGGGAGGAAUACCAUGGAUUAUGGUGGCAGAGAUAUUUCCUGUAAACGUAAAAGGUUCAGCAGGAAGUUUAGUAAAUUUGUUCAGCUGGUCUGGGAGUUGGAUUGUUGCAUAUACUUUCAAUUAUUUGUUUGAGUGGAGCUCAGCAGGGGUUUUUCUGAUUUAUGCAAUCAUUGCUGACUUGGGAGUUGUAUUUGUGGCAAAUUUGGUGCCAGAGACAAAGGGGCGAGCACUUGAAGAGAUACAAGCAUCAUUGAUUGCCUAGAGUUAGUCCACCUGUGAUUCAAAAUACAAAUAUGUGAAACUCAUAUAUUCAAUAG